AUGUCUUGCUACGACCUGUGCUCCACCUCUGCCUGCGGCGUCUUCCGCCCCCAGCCCCUGGCUGACAGCUGCAACGAGCCCUGUGUCCGUCAGUGCCCUGACUCCACCACUCUGAUCCAGCCACCUCCAGUCGUUGUCACCUUCCCUGGCCCCAUCCUCAGCUCCUUCCCCCAGGAUUCCGUAGUGGGAUCCUCUGGAGCUCCCGUCCUUGGGGGCUAUGGGGGCUAUGGGGGCUAUGGGGGCUACGGCUCCUUGGGCUAUGGGGGUCUGUAUGGAUAUGGGGGCUAUGGGGGCUAUGGCUCUCUGGGCUAUGGGGGUCUGGGGGGCUAUGGGAGCUAUCUGGGCUCCAGGGGUCUGUAUGGCUAUGGUAGACCCUAUGGGUCUGGCUAUUACAGCCCUCACUCCUACUGGUACAACAGGUACAGCCGUGGCAGCUGCGGGCCCUGCUAA